AUGACAAUUGACAAUACCUCAGAGGGUGAUAUCCCGCAUACCAGCUAUUAUGACUCUGUUUACAUGGCAAAGGCUCUCGAUUCAGCAUUAGACAUGGAGUUCGAGGGAUUCGAUGAUGGAAAACUGUACUGGGACAUGUUCCUGAGACUCGACCGAACCCAGCAAUCUCCUACGGAUCCCACUAUCGUCUUGGACGUUGGAGCAGGCUCCGGCCGUAUUUUCCGCAAAAUGGCGUCAAAAGCAGCCAAAGCAGGCGAAGAUCUGAGUGAUGUCAGAUUUAUUGGGCUCGACAAGUCUUCUUCCAUGGUUGAGCGAGCAAAAAGCAGAGCUUCUGAGCUUUCUGACGUUGGCAGCGUCACUUGGAUUGUGGGCGAUGCGAGCGACAUGCUCGCUCAGCCAGACCUUUCUCAACUCAGAGGGCAAUUGAGCUUUGUUCUCUGUGCAGAUGGGGGGAUCGGUUAUAUUGAGGGUGAGGCGAACAUACAUGCCUUCUUCUACCAUAUCGCCAAGUUAUUACGCCCCGGGAGCGGUAGAGCUUGUAUCUCUCUUCUCGAAUUCCAGGUAGCUGGAGCAUACAAAGAUGGUGUGGUUCCAAGCACUUACGAUGAAUCUACGGAAUCCAUGGACGAAUAUAGCAAGGGUUCCUCGUUGUCCUUUAAACCUAUCUUCCACCGCGAGUACGUUGAGGAUGGUCACCAUAUGGGACGGCUCGAUACAGAAAUAUCAAAGGUAGAUAAGGAGGGCAACAAGACAGUCCUUGAGAUCUGCCAUUAUACCCAUAGAUUUCGUAUCUGGAGCAUUGAGGACAUGAUUCAGACGGCGGAAAAGGCAGGGCUAAAGCAUGUUGAGACUAUCGACUGGCAACGGAUGCAGCAUUUUGUGUUCACGGUACCUGAGGCGAACUAG